UUUACAGACCCAAACACAAGAGGACUAACACAAGAGGACUUAUAGGACAUGGGAGAGCGAAAAUAUGAAACUUGUUCCCCAUCACUCUGAGAGUGACCAGUGGGUGAGUUGUCUGGAUUUUGAGCCCAGACAAGAAGUUUCUGACCACAGGACUCAUUACCUUUUGCAGUAAUUUCCCCAUUACUAGAGGAGGUUGGAGGGAAUAAGCCAGCGUUGGAUAUUCUCUUGUCUGGGAUUCAGCAGAGCAAUUUAAGGAGCACAGAAUGGACUCAGACCUUUCUUCCACAGCUGCACAGGCGGGCAGGCAGCCUGUGAUGGGGCCCUGCUCAGAAGACCCCCAUCUCUGCUGGGCCUCCCGGCUCCUGGGAUUCACCAGCCUACUCCUCAGCGUCUGCUGGCCUGGGGUCAAGAGUUCUGGGACACAUGGCUCUGGAGUUCAGGAUUCUGGAGUCCAUGUUCCUCUGCACAGGGUCCGAGGAGGUUCUGUAUCGUUUAACGUGACCAGGAAGCAAGAAGCUCACCUGGAGGAGGUCACAUGGGGCUUUGGCCCUGACUCAAAUUACAGAGUCCUGCUGCGAGUCGGUGCUGAAGCAGACGCUCCCACUUGGGUCAGCCUCCAGGACAAGUAUCAGCAGAGGGUCCAUGUGCCCAGCAUCUUGUCCCUGAAGAUUGAGAACCUGACCUCUGAGGACAGUGGACUGUACCGGGCUCGAGCCAGCUUCACUGGAGGAAUAGAACGUAACCAAGUUUUCCCCCUUACCGUCUAUGAGCCGGUGCCCCUUCCCCAGAUCCUGUUCAAGUUACUGUCCAUCACACCAGGCUGGUGCAAUGUCACCCUGGAGUGCAGAGCCUCAGGUGCCACAGAGGACCUGAAGGUGACCUGGCAGAGCAAGGGCCUCCCCAGGGAGCUGGAGCAGAGCGUGACACUGGGACCAGCCCCCAACUCCUGGACCCUGCCUGUGAACCUGCCCCUGAGGCAGCCCAGUGCCAGCUUCACCUGUGUGGUCAGCAACCAGGUGGACCAGAAAACUGCCACCUUAGACCUUGGGGAAGUCUGUGUCCAUGAUUCACAAGGACAGGUCAUUGCUGACCCCCUGCCAGGCAUCCUAGGGGCUGUCGUGGCUGUGCUGUUGAUCCUUGGAGGAGGACUGUACCUUUGGAAGACACGUGGGAAGAAGAAGAAAAUGGAGACUGGAAGAGGCAGGUUGCACUUCUCCCUCCUGCCCUGAUACCUACCCUCCCCCACUGGACCCUUGGCUCCUUUCCUUCUGCAUGUUGCUGCUCAAGGAAUCUCUCUGCAGAGGGAAUGGUGGGUGUGGCCUUGGCCUUGGGGUUCAUAACAGCGGGGGAGCGUAAGGGUUUUCAAGGCCCAGGUUCAAGCUCCACUCUGUGUAUGACUCAGGUACAGAACUGCAGGAGGACCAGAGGGACAAUGAUAGUGGCAUCCAGUACGCAGAGCUGAGCCAGCAGGAGUCUCGAAAGGGCACACGCAAGGGUAUUGGUGAGCAACAUUUAGAAGAAAAGGAGCCUGUUAAUACUGUCUACAGUGAGGUCCAUAAGCCAGAAAGUGAAGCCAUGAAGAUAAUUUAAUUGGAGGAGGUAGGAGAACUGGAACUCCUAGGGCACCUCCACUCGGAGCUUGAUCCUUGCAGACACCUGCAUCUCUCAGCUCUGGUCCAGCUCCAGCUGCCCUGGUCUGUGUUACUCUGACCCUCCUGCCCUCAACUCCCUGGGCAUACAUGGCCUUGUCGUAUCCCCUGUCACCUCUCCAAGCUGCCUUCCCACUCAGGAUCCUCACCCUGCAAGAUGAGGGCUCUUUUUCCAUCAUUAACUCAUAUCCUGACCACUCCCCUCCUGAAGCUUCCCAAAGAGAACCUUCCUGCACAUGAUAAUUCCCACAGCCUCUGCUGUGUGGCUGGUAUAUGUCUUUCUGAGAACACAGCCCAGGCAUGGGGACUGCAUAGAAGAUAUUGACCACGCCACAGAGGAAGGGGUUAGGACCUUGAUGCUGGAAACUGAGUUGGGGGUCCGUGGAGGCAGCAUGGGUAGGUGGGAUCCCACAGAGGGCUGGCCUGAGGCUUCCUUUGCACCCUGUAUAGGGCAAAAGGUUUGUGUCGAGCGGUGUGUUUGUGUGUGUGUCUGUGUGUAUGUUGGGGGAGUAUCCAGUGUAUAUUAUACAUUGGUCCACAGCCCUUUUCUCUGACCACUAGUACUAACCUCAGCUUCAGCUCGUAGACCUCAAAUCCACCUCUUGCAGAGUGGGAAAAGGAAUUUGUACUGUUUCUGGACCUUCUGAGACUUCUGUUUCUCAGAGAGGGACCCAAGUUGGGACUUGUGUUCUUAGGAAAGCAGCCUCAGCCCUUCCUUGUCUGGGGUAGGGGAACUUGGUCAUUAGAAUGGAAGUGCAGUGUGCCUCUCCCACCUCCCCUUGAUGAGGCUGCUAUGAGGGGUGAGGGGUGAGGCUUGUAGGAAGGUCUGAGCCAACCCUCUCCUGCCUCUUCUACUGACCCUCAGGACCCCACGGCCCCACUGGCCUCAGAUCCUAGGUCAGCCUCCUCUUUGCUCACUCACAUCCCUCUGCCUGAAAUGGCGGCUCCCUUUCCCUAUCCCUUCCUCCCAUCCCUGUGUGUUGGAAUCCUACCAUUCCAGCCCAAAACCCCCUUCCAAGUCACAUGUUCUACAUGUUCCCAUAGGUUUGAAAAUAGUCUCUUCUCCCACAUCUGUCCUUUUCAGACAACUUGGACAUAAUCAAGGCCCCUGCCGUAGGUUUGCUUUGGGUUGGUCAUGAGUCUUCCCUGCUAGCCUCACCUGGGGCUCCCUCAGGAGGGCGUUGGGGCUUUAGGGGGCCGGUGCCAAGGAGACAAGCACCACUCUCUGUGAAGUGUCUGAGCUACCCUUACUCCCAACUCCCACAGAGAGUUGGGAGCAGACAAGACCCAGAGCACAGAGGCUGCUGAAGGUCUUUCUGGUAGUGACUCCACAAGGAAGCAAAGAGGACAUGAUGAACUCCAAUGACACUGCCUGGUUUCCCCAACCCACAUCCAGCUUCACGUUGCCUGAGGACCUAAUGUAGCCUGCACUGUAUUGUGGGAAGCUUCUCCUCUCCCUGGGGGUCCUCACCUCCUCAAAGCCUCCGCCUUCUGCCUUGAGUCCCAGCUCUUGAAUCAGAGAUGGAUUCACUCUGAUACUAUGAUCUGUGGUUCUUUGUCUGCUGGCCUAGAUUCCUGGGUCUCUUGGUUCCCCUCCCAGCUCAGUAAGCUCAGCUGCUUCACUUCUGACCUCAGAAAGCCAAGUUCUGAGCUAAAGGACUGAGCGUUAAUCUAGGAUCCUGCUAGAUGGUGCAUGAAUAAGAGAGGAGCAGAGUUGCCAUAAUAAGGCUCUUUCUAACCUCUUUCUGCUCAGGCUGAACAGAAGGCUGAGAAGGAAAAAGAUGACAUCUCUCACUGGCAUCCCAGGUGACCGGUCAUGGCUGGGUAUCAGUGCCCAUCAGUCCAGAAGCACUGUAAGAUGUGACCACCCAUUGACCCCUCCCCCCCACCUAAAGCAGAAGAGGAAAAAAAAUGAAAGAGGAAGGGAACUUGACUUUCCAAGCCUAUCAUGAACCAGGUUUUGUCCCAGGCAUUUUAUAAAUAUCAUUUCUUCUUACUCUUAUAAGAACUCUCUAGGGUAGGUAUUACUUAUCCCCAUUUUGCAGGACAAGUAACCAAUGUCCCAAAAUAGUUGGUGGCAGAGCAAAGCCUUAAAUCCAACACUGGACAAUUCCAGCAUUCAUAUCUUAUCCUUUGCCACAUGGUCACUGAAGACCUUGUAAUCCUGGAGUAUUCAGAGGAGAAUAUCCUCCAUUUGUUCCUCUUCCAAGGAUCCCGGUCUUCUGACUCAGGUGCCCCAACUUGGAAUGAGUUCAUCCUGAUGAUGGAUGGAGCAGUUGGUGGUUGAAAGAGGAAUUGUCCCUUAAGUGGACAGUGGGGUAGGAGAUAUGGGUGGGAGACAUGGACUGAGAGACCCUGCCCUCUGGCUCAGAUGAGACAUUCAAAGCAGAGAUGCUUUGGGGCUUCCCUGGUGGCACAGUGGUUGAGAGUCCACCUGCUGAUGCAGGGGACACGUGUUCGUGCCCCGGUCCAGAAGGAUCCCACAUGCUGCAGAGCAGCUGGGUCUGUGAGCCAUGGCCACUGAGCCUGCGCGUCCGGAACCUGUGCUCCGCAACGGAAGAGGCCACAAGAGAGGCCCACGUAUUGCAAAAAAAAGCAGAGAUGCUUCUUCCUCUUGGGUCUUGUGGGAGUUACUUCCUCUCAUUCAAUGUGUAUUGUGGAUUUCAGCAUCCCUAUUCUCAAGCCAACUUCCUUUUCCAUUGUUAUUCAUAACUUCAUUCAACAAUUAUGUGAGGCAGGUAUUCUCAAUGUACAAAUGGAAAAUUAAAAUCCAGAGAUGUUAAGUACCCUACAGAAGUUCUCCCAAGUGUAAGUGAUGUAGGCAUAUCAGGGGAUAAUAAUUUCACACACUGUGAUUCCUUUCUCUCUAUCAUCCCAGACAUCCAACAAGUUACCGUCUUCCAUUGGGUUAUCCUUCAUAAAGCUUCUUGUACUCCAUUCUCCUCUUAUUCUUUCAUUCCCAUCUUACACCUGCAGCUGCACCAUUUUUACAUUUCCACCAGCAAUGUAUGAGAAUUUCUCCACUUCAUCUCCAACUCUUGUUAUUUUUUGAUUGUUGCCAUCCUAGUGCUGGUGAAGUGGUAUCUCAUUGUGGUUAUGAAUUGCAUGUCUCAAAUGAUUCAUGAUGAACAUGUUUUCAUGAGCAUAUUGACCAUUUGUAUACUUUAUUUGAAGAAAUUUCUUUCUCUCUUGAAUUGUCUCUUGUCAUCCAUUGCCCCUACCUCUUUGUUGAGUCUGCUUUUGUCCAGUCACCAGGGAACUUCAUGUUGUUAAAUCCAGUGGUCAAUUCUCAAUCCUCAUUUCCCAUAACUUCUCAGCCGCAGUGGACCUAUAUUUUCUGGAAACACUGUUUUCACUUUGCAUUCAUUAUUCACAUUAUUUUCCUCCUACUGGGUGGUUGCUCCUUAAUUUCCUUUAUCAGUAUCUUUCCGAUAUCUCCAGCUUCUAAAUUUUGGAAUAACCCAGGGUUCAUACCCAGACCACCCAGACCACAUCUCUUCACUGUCUACACUCAUUUCUUUUUGAUGUUAUGGCCAUGCAGUAAUCCCAUGACUACAUGACCUUAUGUGGCAAAAGGGACUUAAAGAUAUGAUCCCUCCCCUGGACUGCACAUUGUAAAUAUCCAACUGUUUACUUGACAUCUCCACUUGCGUGUAUAACAAGCAUCUCCAUCUUGACAUAUCUAAAUUCAAACUCCCCAAACAUGCUUCCUAUACAAUUUCUGAUCCCUCCAAAUGUCACCUCAAUCCUUCCAUUUUUUUCUGGCCACAAAACCUUGGUGUCAUCCUUGACUUCAUUAUUUUUCUCACACCCCACCCUCUAUCUCUCUUAGAAAAUACUGAUAUCUUUUCAUUCUAUAUAUAUUCAAAUACUUAUUUUCAUAUACCUAUAUGAAAAAAUUAUACUUAUAAUAAAAUACUUCUCACCACCUCCCUAGUCCAAUAGGGUCAUCAUUUCUCACCUGGAUUACUGCAGUAGCCUCCGAGUCUCCUACUUUUGUCUUUAAUCCUUUAAUGUCUAUUUUCAUAAUAUCACCCAGAUUUAUCUUUUCAGAACCUUAGUUGCGUCACAUUACUCGUUAGCUCAGAACUACCCCAUGGGCCCACUUUAUCUGGAAGGCCCUGUAUCAGCUGACCUCAUCUCCCAUGCUCCCCUCCUUCCUAAUCCCCUCUAGGACACUGGGCUCCUUGCCAUUCCUUCAAUACUACAUGCAUGCUCCUUCCUCAAGGCCUUUGCUCUCUAGAAUUCUCUCCCUCUAGAUAUCCACAUGUCUCAUCCCCUCACCUCCUUCAGGUCUCUGUACAGAUGUUAACUCUUCAGUAAGACCCACCCUGACCUCCCUAUAUAAAACCGCAAACACUUCCUGGUACUCUCCUCUCUCCUCCAUGGUCUAUUUUUCUCCAUAGUACUUUCACAAGGCUGUGUGACAGGGUACAUUUAUUCUGGGCUGUAGUUUAAAGACAGGUGGGUAUUGAGGCCUCAAAGUAUAAACUGCAUUCCUAUUAUGCAAAUACCAUUAUUAUUCCCAGGAAACUGCAACACUGAUAAAUUAAUGAACUUACUCAAGGUCACAUAACUAAUAGGUGGCAGAGCUGGAAUUGAAAUCUUGGAGUUGGAUUCUAAAGUUCUUGACCACUGUAUACCAAUUAAAUAAAGUAUACUCUCUCCUUAUUUGUGUAAUAAGGAGAAUAAGUUACAAAUUACAUCUUUAUAUAUUUGAAUGGAAAGUUGCCCAUGAAAUAUUAAAUGAGUUAUGGAACAUGCAUAGUGUUAUCCUAUAUUGUAAAUAUAUAUAAAUAUGUUUAUGUGGGCAUAAAAUAGUCUAAAAGCUAGUAGGUUAAGAAGUUAACAAUGGUUAUCUUCUGCGGUCUCUUUUUCUGUAUCAUCAGUUUCUUUAUAACACUAAUCAAAAAAAUUACCUAUUAAAAAUUUUUAGCAGGACAGUGACAUGAUCAGAGCUGUGCUUCAGAUAGAUAAAGCCACAUAUACACCAACAGGAAGUUUAUCAUCUAAACCAGUUAACGUACUUAUGCUUAUUUUUCACUUUCUUUUGUAUUGAUUGAUGCCUUCAGGAUCUUUAUUGAAAUAACCCCAAAUAUGUGUAGAUCUGUCUAUAUAGUACAGGCAAAUUGGUCUGAUUGAUCCAAAUGGAUACUCCCCGUGAAUGGCUUACAAUCUGGGCUGUUUAUUAGAUCAACUGGAGAGCUUUCAGGAACAGAUACUUGGACUCUAUCCUGAAACUGGGCACCAUCUAUAUUUUUUUAAAACUCAAUAGAUGAUUCUGAUUCAUGAUCAGGCUUGAGAACUGAAACCUUGGGCCUACAUGAACUCUUCAUAAAAUCCAAAUGGGAACGCACAUGGCAAAGAAAGGCUGCGAAUUUGUCUUCCAAGUUGUUUCUCAGUGUGUGCUAGUAUGUUAUGUAGUCCAGUAAAUGUUGAUUGAGUGAAGGAAUGAGUGAAUGGCAAAGCCCUACAGUUUGGCAUUACAGUUGACUCUUGAACAACGUAGGGGGUUCCCACCCCCUGAGCAGUCAAAAAUUCACAUAUAACUUUACAAUCAGCCCCCUGUAUUCAUAGUUCCACCUCCACGGGUUCAAACAUCCAUGGAUCAUACAGUACUGUUGUACACGUCUGUUGAAGAAAAUCAGCAUAUAUGUGGACCUGCGCAGUUCAAACUCAUCUGGUUCAAGGGUCAACUGUACUUUGAUGUGUUCACCAUGUGUUCAGAGUCUGACAUGUAGAUUCUUAGCCAAAACCCAGAAUCUCCAUUUCAUCCAUUGCCCUUUUGCCUGGGGAUGCAAAAUCUUGAUAAUAAAUGUUAAAAGACACUGGUAAACAAAA